AUGUCUUCUCACAAGACUUUCAGGAACAAAAGUUUCCUGGCCAAGAAACAAAAGCAGAAUCGGCCCAUUCCCCAAUGUAUUCGGAUGAAAACUGGUAAUAAAAUCAGGUACAACUCCAAGAGGAGACAUUGGAGAAGAACCAAACUGGGUCUAUAAGGAAUCACACAUGAGAGAUGGCUCACACAUUUAUGCU